AUGAGGCAAUUUCUUCUAAGCUUUAUAAUUUCAAGCUUCAUAACGAUAAUUCUAUUAUCGCGAUACUCGCUCCUCAGUACGAAUUACACACCAAAGCACAAGCAGUUGCUUCCACUCCAAUGGCAGAACUACGACUACGUGAAAUUGGUCGAUCACGGCAGCAACAGCAGCGACGACAACAGCCUCUAUGAUUCAAAUUACAACGUACUCGAAGCUCCACUUGACAUAUGGAAUCCAAUACUUCCACAUUCCACACCCAUCAAUGAUAUCACCAUAAGAAGCUGCUCACUCCCACCUUCUUUGGAGUAUUACUUUGGUGGCUGUUAUCCUCCUUCAACUUCUGAGGAUAACAGCAAGUAUGGCCCUUGGGUUAGAGUCGGCAUGAGCUUAAAUGUACAAAAUGGACGCGGCCAUAAGAAUAAUUACUUGUACUACAGAAGGUCUCGUAGACUAGACGUCAGCUACAUUGAUGACAUCAAACUGCUCUCUUCUGACAGCUCAGAAAAAUUGGAUGAAAAUUGGUUCAAAGUUAAAUCGAAUCCAUCACCAAACACCCGCCUCUACUACCACACUCAUCCUCCAUCCUCCAAUCCACGGCCAUCAGACGCAGUCACUGAGGUUGAUAUCUUGUUCGGUGAUGGUCCGCCAUGGCCAGACUUCAAGCGCGUACAAGGUGCAAACAUCCAAGACGCGUCAUCCAAGAAUGAACGCAUGACUUUCACUAUCCGCAAAGGCUAUAAACACCCCAAGCAGCCUGAACAAUUGAAAUUUAGAGAUAACGGACAAUUCCGCAUACUACAAAUUGCUGACCUACAUUUCAGCGUGGGCAAUGGUACAUGCAGAGACACUGACAAGUCACCAUGCCAAGGUGAUCCAGACUCUAUACAACUUAUGGCAGAGACUCUCGACGACGUCAAACCUGAUUUCGUUGUCUUCACAGGCGAUCAGUUGAAUGGACAGGGUACGUCAUUCGAUGCUGUCAGCGUUAUUUCCAAGGUCUACAGCGAGGUGAUUAAGAGAAAGAUACCAUUUACCGCAAUUUUCGGUAAUCAUGAUUCUGAGAUGACUGAUUUACCUCGGUCGGAGCAGAUGAGAAUUAUUCAGGCAUUACCCUUCUCGCUCGCCCAGCCUGGUCCUUCUGAUAUCCACGGCGUUGGGAAUCAUGUGCUUAAAGUGUACUCCCCUGAUGGCACCAAUUCUCACCUCCUUACCAUGUACUUGUUCGAUACGCACGGGCUGUUGCCUCCACCUCGUUACAACCCAUUCAAGAACAUGAUGGGGCAGUAUGACUACAUCAGACAGAAUCAGAUCGAUUGGUUCGUCGAAGAAUCGGACAACAUCAAACUAGAGAAUCGACCAUUCAUACCAAAGCAAGGCGAAGUCUUCGAUGACACGCACAAGAGAAUAUCACAAACACCACAAAAAGCUAACGCAUUGGUAUUUGCGCACAUCCCCUUGCGUGAAUACUACGACAGUCCCGCCGAUCUCGACGCCAACGGGACCCCUAUAGAAGGAUGGGGUAGUAAAGGCAUUGAAGAUGGUGACGGUGCGAGUGGCAUAAAUGGUGGCUUCUUCAACGUCGCUAACGAGCUCCGCCGCGGUAGCGACACCACCACCAACGAAAUAAGAGUGAUUGCACAUGGACACUGCCACCUGACUGACGAAUGUAGGCUGAUUCAAGGAACAUGGAUCUGUUUCGGGGGUGGAAGCUCAUACUCGGGCUACGGGAAGAAGGGCCACGACCGUAGAUUCAGAGUGUAUGAUGUGAGUGAGUGGGGAGAGACAAUUGAGUCUUGGAAACGCACGGAGACAGGGGAGCGCAUUGACGGCCUGAUACUUGUAAACUAG